AUGCCUGCUGAUGGCGACUGCUGCUGCGGUCCUGUCGAGUGGUACGCCGCGCUGCUACUGGAGGAGAAGGAGCGGCACCGGCGCCUGCGGCGGAAUUUGUCCCUCUCCUUUCCCUUGACUGCGCCAACAACAGAGAAGAAGGUGGGGGCGGUGGGAGGUGACGGCACGGUGUCGCUGACGCAUGCACGCGUCGCCCGAAUUACGGCGGAAUGGUCUUCCGCGGUGACGGCGCGGGAGGACGUGGUGCAGUACAUCUGUGGCAUGCCCGGGGGGACCGACGAUCUCCUCGCGUCCAUCGUGGCGAUACAAACCGAAAAGCUGCGUCACAUGGAGGAGAUGUACCUCCUGCUUGAGGCGGCUUUCAAGCGGCAGAUGAUGUGCUCCGGCCCAGGGGCUGCAGCAGAGAUAGAAAAUGAACCGCUGACGUGCGCAAGGGGCAGUUGCGAGGCAUGUGCCAGCGAUGGGGGGCUGCUGGCUGGUAAGGCUGCGGUGUGCGGAACGGCGAGGCUCUACUUGUCUGCUGUGCCAGUGCUACUGGAUCUCUGUGAUGCAAUGGACACGUGCAUUUCAGCGUGUCAAUCAACACGCCAACAGGUGCAGCUGCAAAAGAGGGUAGUCUGUGAGGCGGUUGGUGUAUUGGCGCUAAAGCGACGCCGCACCAACUUGAAGAUGCUCUUCCGUAUGCUCAAGACGAUGAAGAGACGACACGACCAAACACGGUGCGUUGAUUCCCUGCUGGAGGCCGGACACUUUGCGGAGGCGUUGCAGCUGCUGGAUGGGCUGCGACUUCAAGGAGGGAAUGUGCUCUGUGCAUCCACCCCAGUCGGCUCUUUCCACGAAAAUGAAGGGGCGAAUGUGGAGGGGAUGUGUGGGGCAACCGUCCUUGGGGCAGCCAUCCUGGAGAAACACCAUUUCCUCUGCAGUAAUGGAGCAUCGGUGGUGGGAGCGGCGUUGCGCAGCUAUCUCUUUCACCUCCUUGGUGCUCUACUGGAGGAACCCGAUGUCUGGCCCGAUAACGUUCUGCGCGCCGCCUUGUGUGUGGUUCGGGGUGCGCGGGCCUUGUGUUCUCGUGGGGAGACUGCGGCGUUCAUUAGUUUUCGCAACGGGGCAACAUUCAACAAUAACAACAGAAACAACAACAGUCACGCCAUGGGAUCAAUGACACCGGGGCGUCUUAUAGAGAUGUGUAUUGUGGAUGAGCUGUAUGGUGUGGUUAGGCGAUGCUUCAAGGCGACAUCCGGUGACAUUGAUGGGGUGAUGGAGCUGGCGAGUCAUGUCCCUCCUCUGGAGGUGCGGCGCUCUACACUUCUGCUGGUUUCCCAACUAAGCUCGUUUCUGCGUGCCGUUUUUACUCUUCAACGAUUCUUUGAGACGCUCUUCUCCUCGGCGUACAGUGACGUGUGGACGGAGACUGAAGGCAUUAUCUUUGAAGGGAUUCUUAAAGGUGUCCUGAUCAAUGAAUUCCCUACCGGUACGGCGCUGAAGAAUAACGACUCGGCUCCCGUUUCAUCUUUCAGCUCUGUAUUCCCCAUUGAGGCGUAUGAAAGCUGCUGUGGUAUUGGCCUGCACGCCGUGAAAGAGGCGUUGCAGGUGGUGCAGGUUUACCAUUCAUACCUGCCUCUGGAGAGUGUGACGCUGAUGGAGGUCUUGCUGACGUGCCGUCUGCUGUUACAGUUCGUAGAUGUUUGUCGGCCGGUAUUGCCGGUGGGGAGUGGCUUGGCGGACGACGCCACCACCAAUGUGGAGGCCCGACUGGCGUUUCUUGUUAGACAGUGCUUCGCCGGUAGCCAGGCGGACACCUUGUGCCAGCUGCUUCGCAGCGACACGGGAAGGCCAGUGGGCGCGACGGAGGCGGACUUCCCGCCGCUCUACGUCCUUGUGCCUUGCAAGGAGUCACGCGCGGAUGCAGAGACAGCGGCGACGUACCUCGUCGUGCCUCCGGGGCGCCUGCGCCGAGACGACGGGGAUGCUGUGGUGCGUUAUGUCCUGCGCGGGGCGGGCGACGCCGAGGUUGCGGCGGCACCCAAUCCCUUUUUCGCUGCGCAGACGGCGCUGCAGGAGGCGCGCCCGGCGGACACGGGCCAGCGUCUGAGGUUACUCGCGCCGGACGACGGCGUCGGGGUGCUCACAUUUUCCAGCCUCAUGGUGGUGAAGAUGAUGACGGAGGCUGUGGCGUACGCGCAGGUUCUGCGGCGCACAGCCCUCGCGCUGCUGGGCGUGAACCUCACGUUGAUGUCUGUCUUUGUGUGGUAUAUCGUGGCAUAUUUUGUCUCCAGCGACAAUCAGUGGCUUGCUUCGUGUACUUCCGCCGACGCGAAGCUGAAGCAAUUUGCCGCGCACCUGCGCACAAGCUACAUCCCACACUCCUUUCAAUGGGACGUACUCGAGUCGAGCCCGUGUUUAGCGUGGAAGAGCGUUGCAAACAGUCGUCCGCAUCUCUUUGCUGCCGUGGAGAGGGCGACGGGCCUGUGCAGUGUGACCACCGUCGCCUUCGCUUUCAAGGCCACGCUCACGUCAUUGGGCCCCUUGCUGCCAGCGGAGCAACUUGAUCAGGUGGCAGUAAUGAAGGAGUCCAUGGGGCGCCUGUGCAAUUUUGUCAGCCAGCAUGGCCUUCGUGUGCUCAGCAGUCAGCUUCUGUCGCCGGAAUCCCUCGCGGGCUCGAUGGAGGAGCUCAACUGGAAUGACGUCGCGAAGGGGUUCCCCACGGCUGUCUCCCAAGUGAGAGGCAGCAGCAGUUUUUCAGCUCCUGUCCGUCAGGCUGUGGAUGCGCUCCUCCGCUGCCAAAAAGAGCUGCGGGAAUUGUACAGGGAUGUCCCAAGCGUGAGCAUGAAACGACUCCUUGACCACGUUAUGCUUAAUGUUGUUACUGGUUUCGUGGAGGGCGUUUCGCGGAUACGAAGGCUCUGCGAAUUCGGUGCGAAACAACUAAUGCACGACGCAGAGUAUUUGUGUCAGGAGAUAUUUCGCAUUCAUCCCACGCUGACGCGCCACCCAAUAGCCAACUACGUUCAGCGUUACACGUCUGUCAUGACGUCCUGCAGUGGGGCUGCAGAGCUCGUGAGCACCGCGCACAGCCUCUAUACGACUCGCCAGCUGAUGGCCCUGAUUGCAAGAGAAUACGCUUCAAAACGGAAAGAGAUGGAGCAACUCAUCGCGCGCAUCCAUCCAAGAGAUGUGGUUCCAGUGUGCUUGAUUGAAGAGUCUUUUUAA